AUGAUAAAAAAAGUUACAUCACAUGAUCCCGAAAGUAACAAUAAAUUGUUAAAUACACUUUACCAUCCAAUCAUUGUCACCAUAUUGGCUUCAGAUUACUUUGAUGAACAAGAUGAUAAAAAA